AUAAAAAUUUGGAUAACGCUGCAGAAGCAGCUGAACAAUUUAAAUUAAUACAAGCUGCAUACGAUGUGUUGAGUGACCCUCAGGAAAGAGCAUGGUAUGAUAAUCAUAGAGAGGCCUUACUUAAAGGAGGGCUUGAUGGAGAAUAUCAAGAUGACAGUUUAGAUUUGCUUCACUAUUUCACUGUUACCUGUUAUUCUGGUUAUGGAGAUGAUGAAAAGGGCUUUUACACAGUGUAUCGUAACGUUUUUGAAAUGAUUGCAAAGGAAGAAUUAGAGUCUGCACUAGAGGAGGAUGUUGAGGAUUUUCCAACUUUCGGAGACUCCCAGAGUGACUAUGAUACGGUAGUCCACCCUUUCUACGCGUAUUGGCAGAGCUUCUGUACUCAGAAGAACUUUGCCUGGAAGGAAGAGUAUGAUACACGGCAAGCUUCAAACCGCUGGGAAAAGCGAGCUAUGGAAAAAGAAAACAAAAAAACUCGAGACAAAGCCAGGAAAGAGAAGAAUGAGCUUGUGCGUCAGCUGGUAGCUUUUAUUCGUAAAAGAGAUAAGAGAGUGCAGGCUCAUCGGAAGCUUGUAGAGGAACAGAAUGCUGAGAAGGCCAGGAAGGCUGAGGAGAUGAGGCGGCAGCAGAAGCUCAAGCAGGCCAAACUGGCGGAGCAGUACAGAGAACAGAGCUGGAUGACUAUGGCCAACAUGGAGAAGGAGCUCCAGGAGAUGGAGGCGCGGUACGAAAAGGAGUUUGGAGAUGGAGCAGAUGAAAGUGAAAUGGAGGAACAUGAGCUCAAAGAUGGACAGGAUGGUAAGGACAGUGAUGAGGCUGAGGAAGUUGAGUUUUAUGAUGAUCUUUACUGCCCAGCAUGUGACAAAUCUUUCAAGACAGAAAAGGCCAUGAAGAAUCAUGAAAAGUCAAAGAAACACCGGGAGAUGGUUGCCUUGUUGAAACAACAGCUGGAAGAGGAGGAAGAGAAUUUUUCAGGAUCUCAAGUAGAUGAAAAUCUAUUGAAUGCCAAUUCUGAGGAAGAAAUGGAAGAUGCACCAAAACAAAAGCUUUCUAAAAAACAGAGGAAAAAGAAACAGAAGCCGGCACAGAAUUAUGAUGACAGUUUCAGUGAAAGUGGAACUGGAGAAAGAGAAAAGGUUGAUCCAGAAGAUACUGAUUUAAAUGAAGAUAAUGCCAAAGAAUUAGAAGAUAAUCUUGUAGAAAAUGUCAGUGUCACAAAGCCCAUCAAACAAUGUGAUGAUCCAAAAAGUGAACCUAAAAGCAUUCCUAAACCCAAAGGAAAGAAAACCAAAGAUAUGAAAAAAUCUGUCAAAGUAGCUGCUGAACCACAAAUACAGAAUGAUGUUCUUAUCAGCUGUACAACCUGCCAUAGUGAGUUUCCAUCCCGGAAUAAACUUUUUGACCAUCUCAAGGCUACAGGUCAUGCAAGAGCACCUCCUCCAUCAUCCGUAAACAGUGUCACCAGUAGUCGAAGCAAAAAAGAAAGACGCAAAAACAGAUAGAAAUUCUGCCAACACUUUUUUUUCUUACUGUGUCCAGAUUUUGAAACCAAAAACUGAACUGAAAUCAUCUAAAGAGUUAAAGUUUCAGUGAUUUGCAGUUUAUUGCAUUGUGAAAGAUUAUUUUUUAUCUUGUAAAGACACAUUUUGUUUAAUAUAUAUUUUUUAAACAUUUCACUGGUGAUUGAAUUCUACUUUUACCAUCUGAAUUGACUUGAAUGUCUCAAAACAGGUACAUAUUGUAAAGUGCAUAUCUUGAUUUCUCGUGUGGACAGAGAUGUACAGGGAAAUUAAAUUAUUUUAACACAUACAAA